UAUUCCGAACCGCCUCAUAAUCAUUUAUAUCGUGGAACGUCCCGACGACGAUUAAAGGCGGUCCGGGUGCCUCCGACGAAGCCUCCACGGCCUCGCUGCAGUCGUUUGCUUUUCCGUCCACCUUGGCGAGGGCGACCGAGAGAGAGUCCAUGGAAUCAUCCUUCUGCUCGUCUCGUUGCUAGAAAUCCUAAUCCCACUCCCUCGAUCCCGAUGGAUUCCGCCCAGGAGAAGGAGAUCGCGUUGCUCUCCCGAGUCAUCGCGAACCAUCUCUUCCUCGGCCAGUUCGAAGCCUUCAGAGCGUUGCUCCUCAGCCUCCGGAAGCGUAAGCCGGAGCUCGCCCUCGAGAUCCUUCGCGCCGUUGUAUCGAAAGGAGGGCGCAUCGAUGGCGUCCUCUGGUCAAACACCUGCGGCUCCCCCUCGCAUCUGGCCUGGCUUUCCGUCCUUGAGCUCAUCAAGUUCGGGAACGCAGCGGCUUCUAUCGGAAGCAUUGACCCGGAGACUCUCCGCUUAAGGGUGGAGUUCCUUCUCUUGAUUCAGGUUGCCUCCUCCAAGGUAUCCGAAAUCUCCCAACUUAGAUCUCAGGAUACCGACGUCGACAAGAAAGGGGAAACAUUUGAUGAAACCGCAAACUCUGUGGAAGUGUUGAACGAUCUCCUCGAUACUGGCUUACGUAUAUUAUGGAGUGAUGUAGGGCAUGAUGCCAACCUUCUUGAUUUGGUUUCUUUGGUGUCUGAGGAUAGGUUGAAGGGUUUGUGGAAGGUUUUCCUCGACAACGCAGAACUUUUUGAUGCGAUAUGUGGAAACAUUCAUCGGCAGGUGCAGCUUUGUCAGGCUUACCAUUUGGAACCAGCAAUCAGCGUGAAAACUGAGGAGAUGGAUGCACUAUCUAAGGUGCAGCAGAGUGUUCAGAUGGCACAUUUGGAUUCUUUGAAGAAAUUCAUGGAAGCUGAUGAUUUAGAGAGAGCUUUUUCUCAUCUUCGGUUUCUUCAUCUAGAUUAUGGCAUAGAGGAAAAGCAGUACGAGAGGGUUUUGCAUGAUCUUGUCAAGAAAGCUUCGUUGCAAAGUGCUUUUUAUGAUAAGUCAUGGCUUGAUUCACAGAAUAUAACGAUGUUGAUGUAUGCUGCAGCUCUUUCAUCCAACUGCAGUCAGCUUGUGCAGAUGAUUCAGGCAAUUCAAGAUGAAGUGGUUUCUGAGGAGAUUGAGCUGCACAGAAUUUCUGAUGCUAAUUCAAUUCCUCUCCCCCUUAAGAAAUAUCUGGAAACACUGUCCUCGGAAAGUGUUGAUAUCUUGGAUGGCAAAACUCCUUCAAGCAUGGCAAUAAAAUCUUGCAUGAGAGACCUCUACCAUUAUGCACGAAUAUCUGGAAUACAUGUCCUAGAAUGUAUUGUGGAUACAGCUCUAUCUGCAAUUAAGAGGGAACAUCUUCAAGAGGCUGGUCAUGUCCUGUCACUGUUUCCCCUUCUUCAGCCACUUGUAGCUGUCUUAGGGUGGGAUCACUUGUCAGGUAAGACAGCACUGAGAAGAAGAUUAAUGCAGCUACUUUGGACAAGUAAAUCUCAGGUACUCAGGCUGGAAGAAUUUCCUGUUUACAAGAAGCAAUCUGAUGAGAUAUUAUGUGUGGAGUAUCUCUGUGAUGUGUUAUGUUUUCAUCUGGAUAUUGCUUCCUAUGUUGCAUGUGUCAACUCCGGUCGGUCUUGGAAUUCAAAAAAAUCGUUGCUCUUUUCUCAAAGAGAUAAUAUUGCAGAUGAAAAUGACAGUGGAGUUUUAGAUCCUUUUGUUGAAAACUUCAUACUUGAAAGAUUGGCUGCUCAAUCUCCCAUGAGGGUUUUGUUUGAUGUAGUCCCAGGGAUAAAGUUUCAAGACGCAAUUGAGCUUCUUAGCAUGCAACCCAUUUCUUCAACUUCUGCAGCAUGGAAACGGAUGCAAGAUAUUGAACUUUUGCACAUGCGUUAUGUUCUUGAGUCAGCUAUUUUUGCUCUAGGAAUCAUGGAGAGGUGUGCUGCUGUUGUAAAUAACCCCCAACUACAUGUAGCUAUGUCAUACUUGAAAGACAUGCAAAAUCAUAUUGAGGCUAUCAGAAAUGUUCCUCGCAGAAUCUUUAUGGUUAGCAUUGUAAUAUCAUUACUGUAUUUGGAUGAGAUAUCUGCCAAUCUGCCACCAAACUUGUCUGAAAGUUGUUCUGGACAUUCAGAACAUCUUCCUCAUAAAACUUCAUGUGAUGGUGGAAACAAGAACUUAAUUUCUUUUAUGGGAUUGCUACUUGAGAUAUUGCGUCGAAAUCUGCCUGUAGCAGUCACUGAAGUGGGGAAUCUGUUGAAUAGUACUGUGGAAACUGCAGGAAGACAAGUUUUGGAAUGGAGAAUUGCUAAAUCUCUACAUUUCAUUGAAGAUUGGGAAUGGCGUUUAUCUAUACUUGAUCGCCUUCAACCAUUAUCAGAAUGCCAAUGGGGUUGGAAAGAGGCAUUGGUUAUUUUUCGUGCUGCUCCUUCCAAAUUGUUAAAUCUUUGCAUGCAAAGGGCGAAGUAUGAUAUAGGGGAAGAGGCUGUGCGACGAUUUUCUUUGCCUCCCGAAGAUAAAGCAGUUCUUGAACUUGCAGAAUGGGUAGCUGGCGCUUUUAGAAGAGCAUCGAUUGAAGAUGCAGUAUCUCGUGUUGCCGAGGGAAGAGCAAAUGCAUUUCAGAAGUUGGAUAUUUCAUCCUUGCGUAGUCAGCUAGGUUCUUUGGCUGCUAUUCUUCUCUGCAUUGAUGUUUCAGCAACUUCUGCUAAGUCUGUGGAUAUGUGCAAAUUGCUUCUUGACCAGGCUAGGAGUGUGUUAUCCGAGAUCUUUCCUGGAAACUCUCCAAAGAUAGGUUCUACUUAUUGGGAUCAGAUACAAGAAGUUGCCACCAUAUCAAUAACAAGGCACGUCCUUCAACGUUUGUAUGAUCUGUUGGAGCAGGAAAAAUCUUUGACCCUUCAGGAAAUUCUUGCUGAAGAAAUUACUAUUUCUCAAUCAAAUGAACCUAGCAAACAAGGACAAAGGCAAAGGGCUAUUGUGAUCUUACACCAAAUGAUUGAUGAUGCUCAUCAAGGAAAGAGGCAAUUUUUAAGUGGUAAGCUCCAUAAUCUUGCGAAAGCUCUUGCUAUCGAAGAAGCAGAGAGUAAUUAUCUAAAAGGAAAAGGUUCCUAUGACAGCAAAAGAGCUCUUUUGUAUUCUGAGAAGGGUGCAAUCGUUGGGCUUGGUCUUAAAACUCCAAAAUCAUCAUCAGUGAAUCCAGAAAACGCUGAAAGUACUCCAGAGAUUUUUGAUUAUGAAAUGAAAGAUUCUGGGAAAAGGUUUUUUGGCCCUGUCACUUCCAAGCCAUCUACAUAUCUUUCAGCCUUUAUAAUCUAUAUUGCAACAAUUGGUGACAUAGUUGAUGGAGUUGACACAACUCAUGAUUUCAACUUUUUCUCACUUAUAUACGAGUGGCCCAAAGAUCUUCUUACUCGUCUAGUAUUUGAGAGAGGGAGCACUGAUGCAGCUGGAAAGAUAGCUGAUAUCAUGGGUGUGGAUUUUGUGCAUGAAGUUAUAUCAGCUUGUGUGCCACCAGUUUUUCCUCCACGUUCGGGUCAUGGUUGGGCUUGCAUUCCACUGUUACCUACUCUUUCUGGGAUCAGCUUGGAGAAUAAGAUCUCCUCUCCUAAGGCUAGUACUUGUUCAUCCUUCGGAACAUAUGGAAAACCUCUUUAUCCUCUUCAGUUGAGUUUAGUAAAGCAUUUAGCUAAGCUCUCACCAGUAAGGGCAGUUUUAGCAUGUGUUUUUGGAAGUACUAUAUUAUCUAGCAGUAGUGAAUCAUCUGCUUCCAGAACUUCUGAUUCAUAUAUGCAAGCACCCGAUGCUGAGAGGCUAUUCUACGAGUUUGCUCUCGAUCAGUCAGAGAGGUUUCCAACACUCAACCGUUGGAUACAGAUGCAAUCAAACCUUCACAAAAUUUCCCGAUCCGCAAUAGCAUCUAAAAGUGACAUCAAAACUGCUGCAGCUAUAUCUAAUGGAAAAGUUCCUGUGAAACGAGUUCGUGAACCUGAAAGUGACACUGAAUCUGAAAUAGAUGAUAUGGUUGCUGGUGGGCAUAAUAGUCCAACUUUAUCAGAGUUCAGUACCCACGGUCAAUCAGUUUCCAGGUCCUGGCAUUCUUCUUCCUCACCUGUGGAUGUUGGAAUUGAUGCUGCAAAUUUUAUUUCAUGUGAUUGGGAGAAUGAAGGGCCCUAUGGAAAAGCUGUCGAGAGGUUAAUUGAUGAAGGGAAACUUCUGGAUGCUCUUGCGUUGUCUGAUCGCUGUUUACGCGAAGGGGCAUCUGAUCAUUUACUUCAGUUGUUGAUUGAACAUGAGGAGGGGAAUAAUCCAGUACUUGGACACCCCCAUAGCUCUGGAGCCUAUAACUUUGGCAGCACCAGUUGGCAGUACUGUUUGCGCCUGAAGGAUAAACUGCUUGCAGCAAGGCUUGCUUUAAAGUAUCAUCACUUGGAAGCUUAUGAUGCUGUUGGCAUCCUUCAUCCAUUUGUUGGUGGUUCAUUGGUAGCCUAA